AUGGAUUCUGAAAAUGAAAUUUCUGAAUUUUUUGAUGCUGACGAGACUUCUAAUUUAGAGGAAAUAAAUGAAGAAAUUAAUGUAGAAUUAUCACCAGAGGAAUUAGAUUCCCAAGACUCAGAAGCCAUCGAAAAAUGUACCAAUGCCUUGGAAUUUGAUCCAAAUUAUAUCAAAGCUUAUCUUCUGAGGGCAAAACUUUAUGAAAAAACCGAAAAAUUGGAAGAUGCUUUAAAAGACUACAAAAAAGUGUUGGAACUCGACCCAAAAAACCAAGUCGCUCUCAAAGGAAAUUUUGAAUUGCCCCCUCUGAUUGAAACCAGGAACGAGAAAUUAAAAACAGAGGCAAUGGGUUGGGUUGGUGUAUUAAUUUUGUUAGCUAAAUUAAAAGAAUUAGGGAAUAUGGUUUUAAAACCAUUUGGACUGUCGACAGAUAACUUUAAAUUUGAUAAAGAUAAAGGAGGCGGGUAUUCUGUCAAUUUCCAAAAGUGA